AGGAUACUCUGCCGUUUUCACACCCAAGGCAACUGUCGCUAUGGCUCGUCUUGUCGGUAUUCCCAUGAUUUGAGUAGCGUUCCUUCGCAGGUGUGCAGCUACUUUCUGGCAGGAUAUUGUGCAUAUGGCAGGCGGUGUCAUUUUGCACACCUGCAACCCGAUGGAACGCCCCUGCCAGGCGAGCACAUUGAGGCUCCUCGCACAGAAGAGCCAGCCUCGCAGGCCAGCAGUGUCACGCAGCAGCUGCAAGCGUUUGGAGGGUGCAGGCAGGCGCAUGACAUCUGCCCGGAGUACAGCCGCAGUGGGUUCUGCUCGCGCGGGGCUAGCUGCAAAUGGACUCAUGGCGUCUACUGCCAGGCAAGCAUCUUGUGUGUGCAGACCUGCCAGAAGUUUGCGCUGGACCCCACAGAUCCUGAGCAGCGGGCAGAGCAUGGGUCGGGGUGCCUGAGGAGGCAUCAGAGGAUCCAGGCGCUGGCCAUGAGCCAGGAAGUAGAGUGCAACAUCUGCAUGGAAGUGGUGAUGGCCAAGGACAGGGUGUCAGAGCGCAAGUUUGGGCUGCUGAGCUGCGACCACGCCUUCUGCCUCGGCUGCAUCCGCAGCUGGCGUAACAAUGUCGAGAGCGGGGCAGAUGUGUCAACGGCGCUGAGGACGUGCCCAGUAUGUCGGCAGACAACGCACUUUGUUACGCCCUCAAUGACGUGGCCAACCAGCAGAGAGGACAAGGCCGCCAUCCUCGAUACCUACAAGUGCAAACUGUCCCAGAUCGACUGCCGCCUUUUCUCCUUCGGCGAGGGGUCCUGCCCGUUUGGGACCUCGUGCAUGUACAGGCAUGCCUACAAGAACGGGCAUCUUGAGGUGAGCAUGUUUAAACAAAAAUGGCUGAAUGCUGAGGGUGAGGUGGAGGGCGUGCGGAGCUCUAGGCUCUCAGAUUUUGUCGCCUCGUCUCUGCAAGCGCAGCAGGCUCUUCGGCGCUCACUCAGGCCCGGGGUUAGAGCCUAG